CUUUGGUAUUGGUAAGCUGGUGAAUCGGAUAAACUUCCAUCAUGUCGCUGGUACUUCCCGAGAAAUUCCAACACAUUUUGCGUAUUCUCAAUACCAACAUCGAUGGAAAACAGAAAAUCAUGUUCGCCGUCACCUCGAUUAAAGGUGUUGGUCGCCGUUAUGCCAAUGUUGUCCUGAAGAAGGCCGACAUCGAUUUGACUAAACGCGCCGGUGAGCUGUCAGAGGAAGAGGUUGAGAAAUUAAUCACAAUCAUGGCAAACCCAAGACAGUACAAGAUUCCUGACUGGUUCCUUAACAGGCAGAAGGAUAUCAAGGAUGGCAAAUUCUCUCAAGUCACAUCCAACAUGCUUGAGAAUAAGCUUCGUGAAGAUCUUGAGAGGCUUAAGAAGAUUCGUGCUCAUCGUGGUCUACGUCAUUACUGGGGCUUGCGAGUUCGUGGUCAACAUACAAAAACAACUGGUCGUCGUGGACGCACUGUCGGUGUCUCGAAAAAGAAGUAGAAAGUUUCUCGCUGUUUUCGAGUAUUUUUCUGUGGAAUAUUGAUACAUCAGCCAAUACAUUCAUGGAAACCAA